AUGGAGGCGGAUUCGACGGUGACGCAGACGCAAGUGCCGCACGGCUGGGGGGCUGCGGCACAGAGGCAAAAGGCGAGAGACAAAGACUCAACUGCCCGGACAAAGGACAAAGAGCAAGGACAAAGCCAGCAACAGGCGACGGUGGUUGGGGCGCCCAGCAGCGCUCGGGGCUGCGGCCGCUGGUCUCUGAUAUCUCGCACAAGGCGCUUUCUCUCGCGAGCAGUAGCGAAUCGACUGAGCGCGACAGGCGGCCGAAUCGCAGCAGGGCGAGGUGCGGCAAUGGAUUGGAUGUUCGUGGAGGGACGUGAUGCAGAUGCCCACGAGAUGGUGUUUGGCGAUCGGUACCAGGAAGAGCGGCCGGCGGUGGGUGGAGGCGCAAGUACAUGUACUCUCCGACUGGACUGGCGCCGCUCAGGCCACUCGAACUCAAUCCAAUGCUACCUAAAAUUGCUGGCGGGCGGGCAGGCGGGAAGCUGGCGCUGCUGCCACAGUGCUGGUGCUGCUAUGGACAGCGCUGGCGCUGGCGCUCCCGGGGUGAAGGGGCCUGUGCGUAGAUUCAGUCUGUAUGGACGGAUACCCGACAGCGCUGUGCGAGCUCCCUUGGCCGUUACUUCGGCUGCUUAA